GGAGAGAGGCGGGCGCCGCGCUGCCCUCCCUCUGCGCCCCCGCCGCGUGGCUUGCGGCUUAUUUUCCCAGCUGGCAAGCGUCGCGCUGCAGACAAGGGAAUGCCUGUGGUCCUGCGUGCUCCAGAGCUCGGGGGCCCCCUGAUCCCGUCAAGCCCCCUGCAGGAUCGGAAGGGUUAAGAAUGAUGAGGAAGAAGAGGAAGCGAGGAGCGUCCCCCAGUCCAUGCCGCAGCCACGGCCACGGCCACGGGCACGAACCCGACACGGCGCCCGCGCCGCCGCCCUCGCCAGAGCCCACGAGACCUGCAUGGACGGGCAUGGGCUUGAGAGCAGCACCUUCCUGCGCCGCUGCCGCCGCCUCCGCUGCUGCCGCCGGGGCUGAGCAGCGCCGCCCCCCCCAGCUCUACCCGCCGCCCCUGGCGUUGCUGCUGCUGCUACUUCUCAGCCUCGGGCUGCUCCACGCAGGUGACUGCCAACAGCCGGCCCAAUGUCGAAUCCAGAAAUGUACCACGGACUUUGUGGCCCUGACUUCGCACCUGAACUCUGCCAUUGACGGCUUUGACUCUGAGUUUUGCAAGGCUCUGCGUGCCUAUGCUGGCUGCACCCAGCGAACUUCAAAAGCCUGCCGUGGUAACCUGGUAUACCAUUCUGCUGUGUUGGGUAUCAGUGACCUCAUGAGCCAGAGGAAUUGUUCUAAGGACGGACCCACAUCCUCUACCAACCCUGAAGUGACCCAUGACCCUUGUAACUAUCACAGCCACGCAGGAGCCAGAGAACACGGGGGAGGGGAUCUGAACCCUCCUGGUUACCUUUUUUGUGGCUUGUUCGGAGAUCCUCACCUUAGAACUUUCAAGGAUCAUUUUCAGACGUGCAAAGUGGAAGGAGCCUGGCCACUCAUAGAUAAUAAUUAUCUUUCAGUUCAAGUGACUAAUGUGCCUGUGGUCCCUGGAUCCAGUGCUACUGCUACAAAUAAAAUAACCAUCAUCUUCAAAGCUCACAAGGAGUGUACAGAUCAGAAAGUGUACCAAGCUGUGACCGAUGACCUGCCGGCUGCCUUUGUGGAUGGCAGCACCAGCGGCGGGGAUGGCGACACCAAGAGUCUGCUAAUCUUGGAGAGGGAGAGCGGCCGUUACGUGGAGAUGCACGCCCGCUACAUAGGGACCACGGUCUUCGUGCGGCAGCUGGGUCGCUACCUGACGCUCGCCAUCCGCAUGCCUGAGGACCUGGCUAUGUCCUACGAGGAAAGUCAGGACCUGCAGCUGUGUGUCAACGGCUGCCCCCUGAGCGAGCGCAUCGACGACGGGCAGGGCCAGGUGUCUGCCAUCCUGGGGCACAGCGUGCCUCACACCUCACUGGCACCGGCCUGGCCGGGCUACACACUGGAGGCUGCCAAUGCCCAGUGCCACGAGAAGAUGCCAGUGAAGGACAUCUAUUUCCAGUCCUGUGUCUUUGACCUGCUCACCACUGGUGAUGCCAACUUCACCGCCGCCGCCCACAGUGCCUUGGAGGAUGUGGAGGCGCUGCACCCGCGGAAGGAACGCUGGCACAUUUUCCCCAGCGGCAGCCAAGGGACGCCCCACGGACGCGGCCACUGGGCUGUCAGCCUCGGACUCCCAUGCUUGAUCUUUAUUGUGUUUUUGUAGGGGUCGUCUUUUGUGUUUUU